AUGUCUCGCUCACAUCGUCAGAGCCUCGGUGACAGUAUGCACAAUCAAGAGCGCAUAAACCACACCCCCGGUAGACUCAACCGCCAGAUUAGCCAAGCAACUGAUAGAUCAAAGAAGGGGAAUGCACAGGUUUAUGCUCUGAGUGAUAGAUCUGCUUCUGCUGGAGAAGGAAAUCAUACCCUAUCGACUCAUGAUCAACAGUCUUCUUCUCAUUCUUCUAGUGAACCGUUGGCCCCUUCUGACUCUCUCUAUAGAGAAUGGUCCGCUUCUGACCAUACUUCCGGAGAGAAUCUGCAGCCUCAAUUAGAGCCGAGCCAAGCUGACCUCGUGCAAAGGGCUCGGGCAACAAUCGAAAGGGAAGCAAAAGCACGCGAGGAAUACAGUGCUACGACAGAACACUUCAAAUACGGAAAGCUACAGGAGGCUGGACUUUUGCGACUGCGCUGGAUACAGGAUCCUAGUGUGUCAGACUGCCCUAUUGCUAAAUCUACACUAACAUUCGACGCUUUCCAUCAGAUGUUACCCACGGGUGAGGUGCAAGUCGAGACUCUCCCAUUGAACUUGGAAGAGCAUAUUGUCGGUCUCGGACUUCCGAAUGAAUUCUACACCCUUGUCAAAGAAUCUGCAUAUCGAGCGUUUGAUUACAUGUCCAAGAGCGGGGGAUGCAGUGGGUGGGACGAACUGGACCAGGCGUCAUUUUCCUCGAAGUAG